AUAAUGGGUGUUGGGACAGCAAAGUCAGACUUUGUGAAUGAGAAACUGUGAAUUUUUUGGCAAAAAAAAACAAAUGUGGGAAAGUCAGCUCUAUGUUGUCACCAUUUUCAAAUCACUCAACUUAAGUUUCUUUUGGAUUUUUUCUUGAUUGACAUUGCUCUCAAGCCUAAAUAAAGGCUUUUUUUUACUUUGUCUAAUCUUAAUAUAACUGUUCCUUUGAUUUGAAAUCUCAAUCUUUAUCAGCUUAAAUAACAAUUGUACAAUCUUUUUUUUUCUUUAUUAGAUUCUGUCCCUCUUUCUUGAAAUUAACUAAAAGAGUUUGCUUGAGUUGAAAGUUGGGUUCUUGCUUCUCUUACAAGUGAUGGGGUGUUGAAAAAUCUUAUCUUUUUCAUUUUUUCUUCCUAGUUUUAGGCUUUGAGUUUUGUAAUUUAGUGUAUUAUUUAUGAUUUGGAGUUAAGGGUUUGUUAAUUCAUACAAGUAGUUAGAGGCUUGCUUUAAUUACAAGUAGUUGGUAGGCUUUUUUCUUUGAGAUUUUUGAGGUGUUUUCUUGGGAUUUGUGUUAUUUGAAGUUUCUGCAACUGGGGUUCUCUUCUUCCUUUACUAUAAUAAUAAGGGUGGUGGUGCCCUGCUGCUACCGUUAAGUAGUCUUGAUUUUUUCAGUCUUGGGAUCUGAUUUGAUUUUUGGUACUUGGGGAUCUGAGGAAGGUUCUUUCUUGGUGCUAAUUUGCAUCAAAGGUGGUAACUUUUCUUCAUUUGGAACUGUGAAUUUGGAAUACAUGGUGGUGGAAUCUUGAUUUUGAGCUGUUUAUAUAAAGAUUUGUGUGUUUUCAUCAAUGGUGAUUUGGGAGUUUCUGCCAAUGAGUUUUCUGUGUUUGGUGUUUUUGGCUUUUCUUUUUUGUACAUCUUUGAGUCUUGAAACCCCAGUUCAGACCUGUCAUCCAUAUGAUUUGUUGGCAUUGAAAGAAAUUGCUGGCAAUCUAACAGAUGGGGUUAUUCUAUCAGCUUGGUCUAAUGAACCUAAUUGCUGUAAAUGGGAUGGGGUUGUCUGUGGUAAUGUUUCUGCUCAAAGUAGAGUGAUCAGAGUGAUCAGGCUAAAUUUGUCAAGAAAAGGUUUGAGAGGUGUGGUUUCACAGUCCUUGGAGAAAUUGGAUCAGUUGAAAUUGCUCGAUCUUUCGCACAAUCACUUGGAAGGUGGAUUGCCUUUGGACUUGUCCAAAUGGAAGCAGUUGGAAGUUCUUGAUUUGAGUCAUAAUGUGUUGCUUGGACCAGUGUUGAGGGUGUUUGAUGGAUUGGAAUCAAUCCAUUCUCUCAAUAUAUCAAGCAAUUUGUUCACUGGAAAUUUCAGUGAGCUUGGUGAAUUCCCUAACCUUGUUGCAUUUAACACAAGCAACAAUUCGUUUACUGGUAGUUUCAAGUUUGAACUUUGCAGUUUUUCCAAGAAGCUUAAGGUUCUGGAUAUAUCACUUAAUCAUCUCACUGGUGAUCUUGGAGGACUGGAUAAUUGCAGUUCAUUGCUCCAGCAGCUACAUGUGGAUUCUAAUGAUCUCGGGGGUCACCUUCCAGACUCGUUGUAUUCAAUGACAUCUUUGGAGCAACUUUCACUAUCUGCCAAUAAUUUUUCAGGCCAGCUAAGCCCACAGCUUAGUAAGCUUUCCAAACUGAAAUCCUUAGUUUUAUCAGGAAAUCGCUUUCAUGGUUUGCUUCCUAAUGUGUUUGGUAAUUUGACAUUGUUAGAACAGCUAGCUGCACAUUCUAAUAGAUUUUCAGGACCAUUGCCCUCUACGAUUUCGUAUCUUUCUGUGCUUAGGGUGCUUGAUCUUAGGAAUAAUUCUUUGUCUGGUCCUGUUGAUCUUGAUUUUACUAAAUUGACAAGUCUGUGCACUCUUGACCUUGCAACUAACCAUUUCAAAGGUAACCUUCCUGUAUCGCUCUCUAGUCGGGAGUUGAAAAUCAUGAGUCUUGCCAAAAAUGAAUUCACCGGGCCAAUUCCUGAGAACUAUGCAAACCUUUCAUCCCUUGUGUUCCUCUCAUUGUCCAAUAAUUCCCUUUCAAAUUUGUCUGGAGCUUUAUCUGUUCUGCAGCACUGCAGAAAUCUUUCAACUCUUAUUCUCACCAGGAACUUCCAUGGUGAAGAGAUUCCGAAAAAUGUGAGUGGAUUUGAGAACCUGAUGAUAUUUGCAUUGGGGAACUGUGGUUUGGAGGGGCGAAUUCCGAUAUGGUUAUACAAUUGCAGUAAAUUGCAAGUGCUUGACCUGUCAUGGAAUCAUUUGGAUGGCGAAAUUCCUCCUUGGAUUGGUGAAAUGGAAAAAUUGUUCUACUUGGAUUUCUCGAAUAAUUCACUCACAGGUGAAAUCCCAAAAAAUUUAACUGAUCUAAAGAGCCUCAUUUCCCCACACAACUACGCAUCUAGUCUGAAUUCUCCCACUGGUAUACCGUUGUUUGUCAAGAGAAAUCAGAGCGGUAGUGGUUUGCAGUACAAUCAGGCUUCAAGCUUCCCUCCGUCUAUCUUAUUGAGUAAUAACAGACUAAACGGGACAAUCUGGCCCGAAAUUGGUCGUCUGAAACAACUUCAUGUCUUGGAUCUCAGUAAGAACAACAUUACGGGGACUAUUCCUAGCUCGAUUUCAAAUAUGGGGAACCUGGAAAGUUUGGAUCUUUCAUGUAAUGAUCUCAAUGGAUCAAUUCCUGCUUCAUUCAAUAAGCUCACAUUCCUUUCAAAGUUCAAUGUAGCUAAUAAUCACUUGCAGGGAGCGAUUCCAACAGGGGGACAGUUCUUGAGCUUUCCCAACUCGAGCUUUGAGGGUAAUCCUGGACUUUGUGGAAAAAUCAUUUCUCCUUGUGCUGCCAGCAAUUUGGACCUCCGACCGGCUAGUCCUCUUGCUUCUAGUAGUAAUAGGCUUGGCCGAGGCGGAAUUAUUGGAAUUACAAUCAGCAUAGGGGUAGGAAUUGCACUUCUUCUUGCAAUAGUGCUGCUUAGAGUGUCUAGAAGAGAUGCUGGUCACCAGAUUGGGGACUUCGAGGAAGAUUUCAGCAGACCACCUCGAUCGUCUGAUACUUUUGUUCCUUCUAAGUUGGUACUUUUUCAGAAUUCUGAUUGCAAGGAACUGACUGUUGCAGACUUGCUUAAAUCUACAAACAACUUCAACCAGUCGAACAUUGUUGGAUGUGGAGGAUUUGGUCUUGUUUACAAGGCAGAACUUCCUAAUGGCAUAAAGACUGCGAUCAAGAGGCUUUCUGGGGAUUGUGGUCAGAUGGAGCGUGAAUUCCAAGCUGAAGUGGAAGCCCUCUCGAGAGCUCAGCACAAAAACCUUGUAUCCCUUCAAGGUUACUGUCAGCACGGGAGUGAUAGAUUGCUGAUAUAUUCUUACAUGGAAAAUGGAAGCUUGGACUAUUGGCUACAUGAAAGAGUCGACGGGAGCUCAUUAACAUGGGACAUUAGGUUAAAGAUUGCACAAGGAGCUGCUCGCGGAUUAGCCUAUUUGCAUAAGGAACCAAAUAUAGUUCAUCGCGACAUUAAAACCAGCAACAUUCUUUUGAAUGAGAGAUUUGAAGCUCAUCUAGCUGAUUUUGGACUAUCAAGGCUGUUGCAUCCCUAUGAUACUCAUGUCACGACAGAUCUCGUUGGAACCUUAGGAUACAUUCCUCCUGAAUAUAGUCAAACAUUAACUGCUACUUUUCGGGGGGAUGUUUACAGCUUUGGUGUUGUUCUACUAGAGCUAUUGACAGGCAAGCGUCCCGUGGAAGUAUGCAGGGGGAAAAACUGCAGGGACUUGGUAUCAUGGGUUUUUCAACUGAAAUCUGAGAACAGAGUGGAGGAAAUAUUCGAUACAUCGAUAUGGGAUACAAGUUACGAGAGGCAGCUUUUGGAGGUGUUAAGUAUAGCUUGUCAAUGCAUAGUGCAAGAUCCACGCCAGAGGCCCUCGAUCGAUCAAGUUGUCUUAUGGCUCGAGGCAAUCGGAAGUGUAAAAGAAAGAUGAGAUUCAACUAGUUUUUCCUUGUAGACUUGGCUUCUUUUGCUUACAAAGUGAAAAAUAUCAGUGUAAAGCAACAGAAAAAUUCAAUUUUAUAGAGUUAGUUAUAAAACUUAUGAACUGCUUUGUUUGGUUCACUUUGUUUCAUACAAAAAAAAUAGUGAUAGUUGUGUUUGUAUACAUACGCUUAACUUGGGGACAAGUCCUUUACCAAUAUACAACUAAUU